UCCUUCCAUUCAGUCUCUAUAACCCGUGGAUCCCAACAGAUUAGCAUUUCGCCAGGAAUUGAAGCUCCUUGAGUGCCGAUAGAAUGAAGGAUCCCGGCUGGAGUGUCCUUCUCGACUACUGCUCGUCAUCGAAGACGACUCGGUUCAUAUGCUUCAAGUCUUUCAGAUGGAACAAAAAAACAAAGUGGAGCAAGUUGCAAACUUCUUUGGAUUGGAGCAAGCUGUGGCCAUGACCAAUCCGUGAGAGCAGCAACAUGAGAUCCAAGCAGCCAAACCUCUGUAGAGACGCUUUAUUAACCCCAGCUGGAGCACGGAUCUACCUUGUCAUUUCCCCCACGAACUGCUUGGGCAAUGGCAAUGGAUGCUCCUCGUAUGAACCACCCUCUGGAAGCUGCCGGAGCGGACGAGAGCAGCACCAUCGUGGCCAGCAACGACGACAAGCGCACGGUAGAGGAGAGCGGCGAGCUGGACGAGGAAGACGCCGAUGCCAACGCCGUCGAGAUGGCGGCGCGCAUGCAGUGGCGCCUUGACGCGCUCCCGGGGAGGCCGCACGAGAGCGAGCCGUUCACCGUGUUCCGCGUGACGGGCCCCAUGCGCGACCGCAACCGCCACCUCUACGAGCCGCAGGUGGUCUCCAUCGGGCCCUUCCAUCGUGGCACGGCCCGCCUCCGCGCCAUGGAGGAGCACAAGUGGCGCUACCUCCGCGACCUCCUCGCCCGGAGCAGCGGCGGUGGCGCCGCAACGCUUGCAUCCUACACUCGGGCCGCGCAGGCCCUCGAGCCCCGUGCCCGCCGUCACUACGCUGAACCCACAGACUACCUCUCGGCCCGGGACUUCGCCGAGAUGCUCCUCCUCGACGGCUGCUUCAUCAUCGAGUUCUUCCUCAAGGGCAAGGACCGCGCUGCUGAAGCGCUCAUUGACGCUGCCUGGGUCAUUCAGAGCGUGUGCAACGACCUUUUCCUCCUUGAGAACCAGCUCCCCUUCUUCGUCCUCGAGCACUUCUAUGGCCUAGCCACCGGUGUCCUCGGCGGUGACGACCUUGUCAUAGGCCUCCUCGCCAAUUACAUCACCAUCGAGACCCCACAGGAACUCGCCACCGCGAAGCCCCCCGAUGGUGAGAUCCACCACCUGCUCCACCUCUACUAUCACUGGUUCCUGCCGACGGAGGACGCCACUCUCACCGGCGACAACAAUAGGGAAGCAGAGGACAAAGCAUACAAAGAGUGGAUGGCGAAGCCGAUGGAUGAGCGAGUGCCAUGGCUACUCCCCUCAGCGUCCGAGCUGCAGGAUGCUGGCAUAACAUUCCGCGCCAAGAAAUCCCCCCGAAGCCUCGUCGACGUGACCUUCUGCGCCCGCGACGGCGUGAUGGAGAUCCCCGCCGUGGAGAGCUACACGAACCGGGUGUUGUUCGCCAACCUACUUGCAUACGAGCAAAGCCGUGGCCGGUGGGCGCUGCAGCGGCUGAUGAGCUACGUGACUCUCAUGGCGUCGGUGGCGCGGGACGGGCGACGCGACGUGGACAUCAUGCAGCGGGCUGGCGUGUUCGUCAAGGGUGACGAGGAGACGGCGACGUUCUACGCGCACCUCGCCGUGCUGCUGGGCGGGACGACAGAGGCGCGCGGGCCGGCGCAUGACAAUUGCUACACCGACCUGUUCCGGGACGUGAGGGAGCACUGUGGCCGGAGUUGGAACCGGCACCGCGCCGUGCUCGCGCAUGACUACUUCAGCAACCCGUGGACGAGCAUGUCCGCCGCCGCCGCCGUGCUGCUGCUCGUUCUCACCGUCGUGCAGACGGUGUACACCGUGCUGCCCUACUACGACUCGUAGGGGUGAAAUCGGAUCGGAUACUACCCACCCGGAUGACUGACCGGCUGAAAGUAUUCGAUGAUAAAUUGAUAUUUACUUGAUAAUUAAGGUCACGGGUAUAGGUAUUUUUAUUUCGAUACAGAUACAAAUAUAAUAUGGUUUGGGCACUGUUCAAAUGUAUCCAAGAAUAUCCAGAAAUUGGUCCAAUAGUACUCCGCUGUUUUGUAAUU